GCGCAACAUUGACUUUAUUCCCUACCGUCGCGACCAUUCGUGUACAUAUUCGUGUGCAAAUUGACACACGAUAUUCCUUCACCAAAGGGUUUCGCACGAAUUACGGCGACAUUUCGGAGGGCUCUGCCUGCUAUAACAUUCCACAAGCACAAUAUGCUUAGCAGUAGUUUCGCAUUGCAACGACCGAUCACAAUGGCCAUGGAUAAUCAGUGCAGCGCGACGGAGUCUUCAGGCCGCCGUGUCCUUGGCGAUAUGUCACCCAACGUCCGAAAAGUCGCGUCUACGGGCAUUUUCAGCACAAAUUCUGAUAAUAAGCCUAUGGCGAGUAGUCCUCUGAAGCGGAGUUUCACAGCAUCCAUGGAAGGCACAUCAGGCUUCAAGUACAUCAAGAGGCGGAAGGGAUCCAUGGAGAACCAUGUGGAGCGAUCGAGAGAACGAUCGAGCUGUGGCUCAAAGCCGGUACACGAGAUGUUUCCUCCACCCCAAGAGUUGGCUACGAUCCAGAUGUCACCCACAGAGGUCAACACACCUAGCUGCACAGAGGACGAAACGAACGAGCUAGAGGCCAAACGCCACCCUCCACCCCUGCAGUCUUUCUCGUCACUCAUAAAUUUCGAUGGUCCAUCAUCACAGGGAACGAUAUCGUCAGAACAAGACGUGCCUUACUCGUUAUUCUCAAGUCCAUCGAUGGCAGAAGUACUCAGACUACGCCUACAAGUUGCGAUGUAUAAGAUUCGCACGAAUCAGGUUGACAUUCCCUUCGAUGAACUUUGUGUAGAAGAAGACACAGAGGGCUCACGAGGGAUGACGCGAAGUUUAACGCCCGAGUGGGAAGAGAGUGUGGAGGGCAUGGUUGCGCGACGGAAACAGGAAGCGCAAAAGCUGUCUUUACUGGCGGAUCCCCAAACUUCGAUCCCAAAACUCACACCAGCACCUUUGCUGUUGCCCACAGUAUUCAGCAGCCGCAUGGUGUACGUCGACAAAAGUCUGCCGUCACUCUCCCUAUCACACCACAGCUCCUCCGACCAGGCCGCUGGCGCGCCAGACACUUCGUGUAUAAGUUCGGUCAAUUAAUAAUGGACGAGACAUAGUUUUGAUAUACAUAGCAGACACAGAAUUCCCAGUGCGUUCGGCCUUGUUAGCCUCGCGUCAGG